UCGUUCAUAUUUGUAGGAUGCUGCUUCCAGAAUUUGUUCGGCAAAACCUGUAAUAUACGCGUGUCAGUACCGUCGAACUUGUUUUUGAGUCCCUUCAUUCUGUUAUCAAUAUCUUUUCCGUGACCGAUGUCUACCUUGAUAGCAUUAUCAGUUGGGUAAUCAGUAGGCAUAACCCUUGAUGACCUUUGACCUGCGCACCAUUUCUGAACGGGGCCAUUUUGUUCGAGGUGCAAGGCGAAUUGACUUCAAAGAGAGAAAUUCUUUUACCCAUCUUCCCUCAUACGGCGUGGGUAUAAACCAGCAUGUCCAUACAGCAGGCAUUCAUCUGUGGCCUCUCGCGCGUGGUGACUAUAGCAGUCCUCCCUAGACUGAACAUGGAGGAGCUGAUGUUUGAAUUCAACAGAAGGAUUCAAGACCUAGACAGAAAGAACAGCAUCAAGGACAGGCUGGUCAGUAUCCUAAGGGACGUGAUGUUGGAGGAAUAUCGUCUUUUGGAAAGGAAGCCAGGUUUCAGUUCUCCAGACGAAACGACCAUACUCGUCCAAGACCAGGAGACAGCCACCAUGCAAGAGAACGCUAUGACUGCAGAGACUUCAAGCCCUGAUGCUUCACAGCAAAUUUCUGGACUGGACAUGGUGAUAAGGAAGGAAAGCGAUAACGUUACAGACAGUGAAAUGCUCAUGCAUACAAAGGAGCUCGAGCUGGAGUUAGACCAAAUACAACUGUCUGUUUCCGAACAAUAUGAACCUUGCGGAACUCCAGGUUCACCAACACUUCCUUCAGAAACCCUCCUGGCACAAAUGAAUACCACAGCAGACUCUUACAGUGGAGAAAAAGACGUUGUCAUGCCGAUUGAGGAUGAUACAGUUGGACCUUUUCAUGACGAGCUCAACAUCAACACUCCUACCUGCAGUACGCAGGUGCUGCGUACACAUAAUCGGCUAAAUACGUCUUGGACAGAGGAAACACUCCUCGCUUCUUGUCAUCUGUCUCCAGACCACGGUGACAUACAUAUUAAAAGUGAAUGCCAUGUGUCCGAGGAUGAUCAAAUUGGGCGGAUAUCUCAAUCUUCAAACCCGGAUCAAACUGAAAACUAUGCUGAUGACAGAGCUAGAGAGACUGGUUUCAUCAACAGCGGACAUGAACAUAAGCAUUGUAGACAAGAUAGUAGUGAGGAAACACCUUUUCCUCCUUGCGGCCCGACUCCAGACAAGGAUUUUGAGAACAUCUCGUCACUCCUUCCUGCAAGUGACUCACAAAUAGAUCCUAAGUGCUACGUGUGUGACGUGUGUGGAUUUAAAACAUCAACGGCACACAGGCUCUCCCAGCAUAGGAAACGUCACAAAGAAGAAAAGCCUUUCAUGUGCGGGGAAUGUGGUUACAGGGCUUGUCAUAAGUACCGGCUUGUCCGACACAUGAGAACACACACUGACGAGAAACCGUUCAAAUGUAAUCACUGCAACUACAAGACGUCACAUAAAAGAUAUCUAGUCGAGCAUAUGAAAACACACUCGGACGCAAAACCUUACAGAUGUGAAAUCUGUGACUACCAGACCUACAAGAAGUCACACUUUGAGAAACACAUGAUGUGCCACGCUGGUGUGAAACCCUACAAAUGUGAGGAAUGUGACUACAGAACAGCUUACAAUCCUGACCUUACUAGACACAGGAGGCGUCACACCGGUGAGAGACCAUACAGUUGUCAAGAGUGUGACUACAAAGCAAAGGAAAAAGGAAAACUCAAUCGUCAUAUGAGAUUCAAACACCCUUGAGACUGUCAUAAGUCAAAACAAGCGGAAAUAACGUCAGACUGGGUCCAUUUGCAAGGAAAUCUACGUGAUUGCUUUUGGAAAAUGUCGACAUUUAAAGCAAAAAA